GGUUCUUUUUUUUUUUUUUUUUUUUUGUCAUGUACGCAGAUUAUACAAAUAUUUGUACAAGGGGAAAAAAAAUUAUACAAAAAGAAAAAAAAAUCCAAAAAUAUUAUCCAACAUGGAAAUGGUUUCAUAAUACUUUUUAUAGUAUUGUUAAAUUUUUGCCAUGCUAUAGAUGUACACACAUUAACCAGAAACCAGUUCUUCACAGCUGUGUACGGGUUUGGGUUCAAUUGCCAACACUUAUCAUCAGCCUCUUCUGCUGUUCCUGUAAUGAUGUGGUUGGGCGGCGUGAGAGAGGUGUUAGUAGUUGACAGCACAUCUAAAACACACACACACUGUAAGAAUGUGUGUACAGUCUGUCAGCAGGAGGAAUAAAGCGAGUAGAUCGGGGAAUUUGAAGAACACUACAGCUGUGGCUUUCAGUCUGCUUCUCUGAACGAUCUGCCCAUCACAAAACAAGUUGUAUUUGUUAAUGUAUUUAUUUUUUAAUCAAAGACAGUGGAUUUCUAUAUGCUGACCACAGAGGCCAGACAUGUUUUGUGUUCGGUCUUAUGACGGUGGCAAAACAUGAUUGUUGCUCGUCAUGUAUUGUGCUAUUUUUUGUUUUUCCUCAAUGUCAGAUACCCUUUUUCCGAUAACGUUUGAGUGACCAAGUUUAUUUCUGAAAGUACAUUUUAACAGAGGUAUAAGACAAAAAAAAAUGGUUUAAACAUUUUAAUUUGUGGCUGGUCUGCUUAAAAGGACAUAAGAUGAAUUAUUUCGUGUGAUUUUUAUUUUAUUUAGUUUUUCUCCAUUCCACUGGAUCUUGAUGUAUUGUAAAGAAUGCCUGUUCUGUCUAAAUGAAUAUUUUAUUGCAAUUCUUCAGAUAAACAGUAGGUGGCGGUGUAACAUAAGGUUAUUUCAUACACUGUAAUUCCCCUGUGACUUUUUGUUUUAAGAUUUGCCUAAUAGUUUCCAUGGAUCUCUGUAAGCUUAACAGAUGAUGCCUUUUGAUGAGGUAAUAUUAGUUGCUCCACCUGUGUUGAGUGUAUAUGAUGCUAAAAUGGAGUUAUCGAAGCCAGUAGUACGUCUUAAAACCGGAUGGAUGCCACUGAAAUAGAGUUGAGAGAAAUGCAGAAAUAGAGCAAUUGGAGGAUCAUUAGUGCCACAAGCCAGUGCUCCAGACAGGUUCACUUCACAUGUACCCAUGAUCAUCCAUGCAAUAAAAAUUACAGCACAACUGUCAUACAUCUAGCUCGUACAUUUACUAUUCUAUCAAAUUUCUCUUCAACACCUCUUUUCUUUUGUUUUGCAAAGUUGCUAUACAUUUUGUACGUUCCUAAUGAUAAGUGUACUAAAUGUUGUUUGGACAAUUUUUGAUAUCGUAUAACGCGUUUAACUCGAUGCUAGUGACUGAGCCGAGAGAAAGAAUGGUGUUCUGUACUCAGCUGAACGAAACGUAAUUACACCCGACAUUUAUUUUCUGUCUCCAAGACCCAGUGACACUACAGGGUAGCAAAUUUACUUGACGCACAAACCUAUUUUCUAAUCGUAAACACUGUUACCUUGCGUUAUCGGUUAUUUUCACAUGCGUUUUGGUUGCAUCUCCAUUCCGCGCACUAUACAGAACAGCCGAUGUGUCUUUUUGCAAGCGCACCAGAUAACCGAAACAGUUAAUGACCUCAAACCGGUUCAAAUCCCACCCACAUGACACGGAUGAAAUGAGCUAAUUAUUCUUAUCAUUUGUCCAGAUGAGACCCUUUGCCCCAGACAGACUCAGACAUUUACUUGAUCCUCAUCUCUAUUGUCUCUGGCAUGCCAAUAUCAUACUUUGCUAUUUAUAUGAUCUGUGAUUUAUUUGUAUAUAUAUAUAUAUAUAUAUAUAUAUAUAUAUAUAUAUAUAUAUAUAUAUAUGCAGAUAAUAUGGCAGUAAUUUGGGAACAAUUGUUGCUGCUUUAGCAGUCAUAUAACACUUUCCAAAAUCGGUCAAAAAUAAUCCAAAAAAGGCAAAGUUAACUGUUUAAUUAUACUUGUUGUGUAUUUCCUCCUUGUAGUGCCUGUCUAUGAAGUGUAGGCUAUUGCUGCUGCUUCACUGAUACGCACAAAGCACAGAACUGCAGCUUUCACAAUGUUUCUAUUGACUUCUCAAUAGUCAUGUCUAUGUUAAAAACUGGUAAUCCCAAAACUAAGCAAAUACUGAAUAUGCAUAAACGGUUAUAUAUUUUAUUAUUUUUUUUAUAUAAUAUUUCAUGGUUGAUCUUUAUUUUGAAAACAACAACAACAAAUUGUUUUAAGUCAUUGUUUUGAGGCUGUGUCACUCAUAUAAUUAGCUCUUAUAGGCUACUAUUAAGACAUCGAUAUGUUUUGUAUAUUUUUGUGAGAAUGAAAAGGGAAUAAAGCUCAAUUUUGGACUCAAUCAUAAGGAAGAUCUGUAUUCUAAAAUAAUAAAAUGCACUUUAAAAUCAGCGGUGUAGCAGUGUUAUAUCUACAUUUUACAUUAUUUUUUUUUCAUGCAGUCGCCUUUCAGUGCUAAAAAGAAAAUGGAGAGUAAUCACGCACGAUAGCGUUCAUUAAGAACAAAUAUGUUGCGUGGACACGAAUGUAUUUUUGAAAUGGGACUUGAUGGCAGAGCGCAUCCCUUCAGUGUUUUUGCCGCACGCGGGGAGGCGCGCGCAGAGCAGACGUGAUCCGCGCGCUGGCUUCCGUUUGCGAUCGAGCCGCUUGAGCUCGAGUCUCUGCGCGAGAAACAGUUAGUCAAGACUUUACCCAGUCAAACACGGAACUGAGGGCCGAAAUCAAGUCUGCCUCGCCGCUGGGGGGUUCGGCAGCAAACAACAGUUUAGCAGCCAGGAAUUUUUGGACUGUGGAAGAAUCUGUAAUCGCAUUGCAUUCCCUCUCAUCCAACAUACACGCUGUGGUGUCCUGAAGCCCUCUCCAACGGGACCAAAGUGAGGACGGAAAGUGCUAAAAGAGCGAAUACAGAACGAAGAAGGAUCGUAAAGGACAUGCACAGAAUGGUGCUCUGGAGAGCAGAGGAGAAGUGUUCUGCACUGGAAUGACCUCCCACACACUCUCACGUGGUUUCUAUGGGGAUUUCAGCAUAGCUGCACUCUUCUGAUGGGAGGUGGUGUAUUCCUGUGGCAUCUGAUUGCUCUGCACUGAUUGGCCAGUAUUAUUCAGUCGCGGCACUGCUGUUGGUCAGAAUGCCAGCAAAAGGGAAGUACUUGCUGAACGAGCAGAAUUUGAAACAGGAAGCACUGUACAGGAAAUAUUCUGGCAUUAGCCAAUACCGGCCCUUCGUUCUGUUGCUGGGACUGAGCAUGUUCACCUGUGUCAAACUGUUAGUGCUUUUCUUCAGUCUGCAACUGGAUGCAAAGAUCCAUGGUGUAUUUGUGGGAGUUGUGGGAGUAGCUUUGUGUUUUUUCCUGGCUGUGUUCAUAUUAAUGUGCACUGAGACCCUCUCUCAGAGAUGGAGAACUUUACUCGGCCUCGCCGUGUGGGCCACACACCUCACAAUGGGAUUCACCUUUAUUUUCAGCACAGAAUCUGAAAUACCAAUACAACCAUGGGACCAGGUGCCCUUCUUCCUCUUCAUUAUUAUUACGGUCUAUACAAUGCUGCCAUUCCAGUUGGGCUAUGCUGUGAUCCUGAGCAUCAUCUCCUCUCUGUCUCACAUCAUUGUUCUUACAGUGUACCUCACUGUGGGUGUGUUACCCCCCAGUCUCACCAAUCACCACAUCACCAAUCAGUUGCUGUCAAAUGCUGUGGUGUUUGUUUGUGGAGGUAUUGUUGGUGCAUUUCAUAAGGUUCUGAUGGAGAAAGCUCUCAUGCAGACUUUUAUGGAUACUCUUCGCUGCCUUGGGAUUCGGAUGAAACUGGAGAUUGAGAAGAGACAGCAGGAAAACCUUUUACAGUCAGUGCUUCCUGUGUACAUCUCCAUGAAAAUGAAGUUGGCCAUAAUGGAGCGCUGCAAGUGUAAAGAUAAAGAGGAACAGCAGCGUAUGGUCCGUGAUAACAACUUCCACAGUCUUUAUGUGAAGAGACACGAGAACGUCAGCAUCCUAUAUGCUGACAUCGUGGGUUUCACACGUCUGGCCAGUGACUGUUCUCCCAAGGAGCUUGUGAUUAUGCUGAAUGAACUCUUUGGGAAGUUUGACCAGAUUGCAAAAGAGAAUGAGUGUAUGCGGAUCAAAAUUCUUGGUGACUGUUACUACUGUGUGUCUGGCCUCCCCGUUUCCCUGCCAAAUCAUGCCAAAAACUGUGUUAAAAUGGGCCUGGACAUGUGCGAAGCCAUCAAGCAGGUGCGUGAGGCAACAGGUGUGGAUAUAAACAUGCGAGUGGGUGUGCACUCUGGAAACGUCCUCUGCGGUGUGAUUGGCCUACGCAAAUGGCAGUUUGAUGUGUGGUCACACGAUGUCACCUUAGCCAAUCAUAUGGAGUCAGGUGGAUUACCAGGACGGGUUCAUAUCACAGAAGCGACUCUGAAGCACUUAAACAAAGCGUACGAGGUGGAGGAGGGGAAUGGUCACCUGAGAGACCCCUACCUUAAAGAGCUCAAUGUCAAGACAUACCUGGUUAUAGACCCGCGGUCAAAAGACUCAUCUCUGAUGGCUCCCAAUGUCACCAAGCCUCGUGUGAGCGAUGGUUUGAAGAUGCGGGCAUCUGUGCGCAUGACGCGCUUCCUGGAGUCGUGGGGGGCUGUCAAACCUUUUGCCCAUCUGCAGAGCCGAGAGGAAUUCAGCACAGAUGCUAUGGUCAAUGGAAAAGGUCGCUGCAAGGAUAUCCCACUUAGAUCAGUACAGACCAAAAUUACUGAAAGCUUUGAUGAGUCUCUUGAGGAGCCCUUCUCUUUACCUGCCCCUCCCUUGAGCACAUAUAAGAAUAAAUCGCAGAAGACGAAGUUUGAUGAAGAACUUCAUGACAAGAUGACCACCACCAUCAACGAUUUGAGCUCCAGCAAGCAGUGGGUGAAGUCUGAAGAGGUCUCUGGCCUCACACUGUGGUUUACUAAAAGAGACCUGGAAAAGCAGUACAGGACAAUAGAGAUGCCAAAUUUUAAAUACUACAUAGGUUGUGCCACCUUCAUCUUUUUAUGCAUCUUUAUCAUCCAGAUGUUUGUUACUAAGCAACGUAAAAAGCUGGGGCUGGCGUUUGCGGUGUUGGCGUGUGUUCUGCUCUUGACUCUGUGCAUCUGUUUUGCAGGUCAUAUACAGAGGGUGUUUCCAGAGAAGUUAAAAUCAUGUACGUGGCUCUCGGCUCUUUCAGAGGCAGUGGUUAAGAGACCUUUUCUGCGCCUCCCAUUGGCAACCGUGGCCACCGCAGUCAUAGUCAUCAUCGCCAUGUUCAACUUUUAUUUUAAAACCUCAGAGAAUUUAUGCCACACUCAACAAAAUAACAGCAGAAUUUCUGAUAUUGUAAAUGACCUUCCAUAUCUGCCUUAUUCUGUAUAUAAUUGUAUAUUGGCAUUGAUUGCCUGUGGCGUGUUUCUGAGGGUGAGUUUGGAGCUGAAGGUGGCCUUUCUCUUCACCGUCUCUACCAUUUCCUACAUCAUCAUCUUCUACUCUCAGGAAAAUCUCUUCAACGGCUACAGCUGCCUGCUGUACAUGAACCACAGCUGUGUGGAGGACAGUUUGAGGCUGUGCAAAGCAGGUCUUAUGAAGCACCCAAAACUCAUGAGCUGCAUUUACAUCACACUCUUCCUCUUUACCAUGCUGCUCAUAUCCCACCAGAAUGAGUACUGCUGUCGUCAGGACUUCCUGUUGAAGAACAAGAACCUGGCCGAUAAGGAAGAAGUCGAGCUGUGUGAAAACCUGAACCGUCUCCUUUUGGAGAAUGUUCUCCCUGCGCACGUGGCCGCUCUCUUCGUGGGCGAGAACAAAAAGAAUGAGGUGGGGCUGCUGUCCACUAUCUCUUUACUAAACCGGAAAUACAAGGACCUGUACUAUAAGUCCUAUGACUGCGUAUGUGUGAUGUUUGCCUCUGUGCCAGACUUCAAGGAGUUCUACACUGAGUGUGACAUAAAUAAAGAAGGGCUGGAGUGUUUGAGGCUCCUCAAUGAGAUCAUCGCCGACUUUGAUGAGUUGCUGUCUAAGCCCAAGUUCAGCGGUGUGGAGAAGAUUAAAACCAUCGGCAGCACGUACAUGGCUGCUGCAGGACUGAGCGGACCUCCAGAGCAGAGCAGCCAGGACCGUGAGAGGCAGAAUGCUCAGAUAGGAAACAUGGUGGAGUUCGCCAUCGCUUUGAUCGGCAAACUGGAUGGCAUCAACAGACACUCCUUCAACACGUUCAGGCUUCGUGUUGGUAUAAACCAUGGCCCAGUGAUUGCUGGCGUGAUUGGAGCCAGGAAACCACAGUAUGACAUCUGGGGAAACACUGUGAAUGUGGCCAGCCGGAUGGAAAGCACCGGAGAGCUGGGUAAAAUCCAGGUGACGGAGGAGACGUCUGAUGUCCUGCAGAAGCUGGGCUAUUCAUGUGAGUGUCGUGGCCUGAUCAAUGUGAAGGGCAAAGGAGAGCUCAAAACCUUCUUUGUGUGCACAGAUUCCAGCAAACAGCAGGGGAUCGGUCUGAGCUGAGACCGAAGCCUCCGCGCAGACAGCUUCACACACACACACACACACACACACACACACACACACACACACACACAGACAGACUCCGGAACCUAUACGUGAUCUCUGUUUUCAUUUAGGAAUGUUUUAUUACUACUGGAUUUGUUUCUUUAGAGCAUGUCUAAAGAACUGCACAUUCAUGUUUUGGCAGCAUUUUGGAGACAUUCAACAGCAUAUACAUACACGCAUCUCACACCAACACAAGCUGAACUUGUGAUCCUUUUAUGAGAAGAAGACCACAGACAGUGGGUAACUGAGCUCGGUGAAGGAAAAUACUGGUUCUCAGUAUUGCUCUCAGACUUUCUGGGUACUGCUGUCAUAGUGGCCUUGAUCCUGUUGGAUUUAGACUGAUUUGAGAUGACUGAGCUGGUCGGCCGGUUUUGGCCUCACACGCAGAAGGAACACGUGACCCACACAAACCUAUCAUCGCAGAUGAGCAGACGUAAAAAAAGAUGAUAAAAAAUUUCUUCAGUCGUUUAUAAUAAUAUGCAUCUUAUUAUAAACCUUUCCGUCUACUUUUGGACCAGCGAAAUUGUGGAUGCCGUUUGUUGCUUGAAUCUACAUACUCUGGAUAAUUAUUUUCUUUUUUUUGGUUAGUUUUCUUUAAAAACGACUGCCAAGUGUUUUGAAUGCCAAAAAUUCGACAUGCAGUGUUGAUUUGCUGUUGCCUUUGAGUUGAGAUUGCGAAUGUUGGGGAUGAGCCUUUUUUUUUUUUUUUUUUUUAAAGCUUCGUAACAUGCUACAGAAAUUACUAUUCACCAAUGUUUACAUAUUCCGGGAAAAAUGAUCAAUGGAAUUCAAUUAACUUUUAGUGAAAGUGUGCUUUCAUCAUCUUAGAUCUUGACCAAAUGCCUCCGUGGCUUCACUCAUCUGAAGCUGUAUAUUCGCUACUGGAUGUAUUCAUGCAUCUUGGCUUACAUGGCAGUAAAUCGAUUUGCUCAGACGGUCUCUGCUUCUGUUCUGUGAGAAUGCUUGGUGAAAGCGGGAAGUGUCUGAUGAAGCCAUAGGCAUAAAUGUUCGAUUGAGAUCGAAAAUCUUAUUCACCUCUCUGGGUUUUCAGCCCUCUGAGUGUUAGUGACUGAAUUUACAAUUCUGUGCUGCCUUUCUGUACUGCAGUGUUUGUGAGGAACGCCUGACGUCUCCUCUGUUUUGUAUGCAACAUUACAGAAUAAAUCAUUUUACACUUUA